AAAAGGACAAGAAAAAAUUAUUGAUUAAUGUACUCAAGCAUCAUGCAUUACGUUUUAGAGGUCGUACAUUCAUCAUGGCCGAUGGGUCAAUAUGAUUCCCCAUUCUCCUAGUCUUUUCUUAAAAAAUAAAUAAAAGGCUCCCUAUUCCAUUUCUAUAUAGACUCAUACCUACCUAUAUCCAAAAACCAUUCUUGCUCAGACAAUUAAGCAAGCAGAAACUCAGAAGAAAACCAAAAGGCCAUGACCAAAUUUGAGGUGGUCUUCAUGUCAUACCCUGCAAUCGGACACCUUGUUCCAGUUGUGGAGUUUGCACACCACCUUAUCAAUCAUGACCCUCGAUUUUCUGUCACUAUACUCAUCAUCACCAUGCCUGAGAGACCCAUCCUCAACACCUACGUCCAAUCACAUGCUGCCACCUUAGCCUCCACAAACAUCCGAUUCAUCCACCUCCCUACUGUAGAUCCUCCCUCACCUGAUCAGUUCGAGUCUCCCUUUGGCUACGUCUGCUUAUUCAUUGAAAAGCAUAGACCCCAUGUUAAGCAAGCAAUCACUAACCUCAUGGAAACCGAGUUGGACUCAGACCGACGACUCGUCGGGAUCAUCACAGACAUGUUUUGUACUUCCAUGAUCGAUGUAGCCAACGAGCUUGACAUCCCUUGCUACGUUUUCUUUCCAUCUACAGCUACGUUUCUCGGUUUCAUGCUUCAUCUUCCAAUCUUAGACACCCAACUCACCACUGAGUUGGCUAAGUUGGACACUGAGUUGGUCAUUCCGAGUUUUGCUAACCCGGUUUCUCCAAGUUUGUUGCCUUCUAUAGCGUUGGAGAAAGAAGGGUACUCGUGGCUUUUGUACCACGGACGCAGGUACUUUGAAACAAUGGGUAUCAUUAUUAAUACAGUUCAUGAACUUGAGCCUUACGCACUUAACUCGGUCUCGACGAGUCAAGUGCCACAAAUUUAUCCCAUGGGGCCAAUUCUUGACCUUGUUGGACCAGCCCAAUGGCACCCAAACCAAGCCCACGAUGAAAGAGUCAUGAAAUGGCUUGAUGAUCAACCUCCAUCUACUGUAGUAUUCUUAAGCUUCGGAAGCAGGGGCAGUUUCAGCGAGUCUCAAGUUAGAGAAAUUGCAUUGGGGCUUGAACAGGCCGGGGUUCGAUUUGUGUGGGUUUUACGUGAGCAACCUAUGGAUCAAUUUUCCCUCUCAGAUGACUACACGAAUAUUGAGAAAGUUUUACCAAAUGGAUUUUUGGAACGAACAGCUGGAAUUGGAUUGAUAUGUGGAUGGGUCUCACAAGUGCAAAUCCUAUCUCAUAAGGCCGUUGGAGGAUUCAUAUCACACUGUGGUUGGAACUCAAUUUUGGAAAGCCUAUGGCAUGGCAUACCAAUUGCCACUUGGCCAAUUUAUGCUGAACAACAGAUGAAUGCCUUUGAGAUGGUGAAGGAGUUGGGAUUAGCGAUUGAGAUUAGGUUAGAUUAUAGCGAGGGUAGUGAUUUGGUGUCGGCAAAGGAGGUGGAGAGAGGAAUAAAGCUUUUGAUGAACUAUGACAACGAGGUAAGACAAAAAGUUAAAGAAAUGAGAAAAAAGUGUAGGGUAGCUAAAAUGGAAAAUGGAUCAUCAUAUGCAUCACUUGGAGCACUAAUUGAGAAACUAGUGAAUUCAUGAUUCCACUGGGCUCAUUUUCUAUUGUGAUGAAAUGAAUUGCAUUACUGUUUCUCUUCACUUUUUAAUCCUUUUCUUAUAGCCUUAAAACUUGGUUGAAUUUUUGUUGUUGAUAAUAUUCAAACUUAGUUGAAGGUACGCAUAUUAGACUUUAUUUAUUUAAUUUUCUUUUUACUAGAUUGGAACUAUGAAAUAAGACUAUUUUAU